AUGAAGUUCUUGUUCGCCCUCGUUUCUCUUCUGGCCAUGGGUAAGUUGGACUGGGCUGGUGGUUAUGUUAUUUUCAAGGCUGUAUAUCUAGACUGUGUGGACACAGAUAAGAUUUAUUGUCAAACUAGAGCUAUUGGAAUCUUUUUUUUUUUGUGAUUCCAAAAAGUGUAUUUUUUCCAAGCUGCGCCCAAGCUUUAGUCAUUCAGUCAAAUUCGUUCUUUGAGGGGUCUUUUAUUAAAAAAAAAAUGAUUCAAAAUACAAAAUUCAAAUCAAAAAAAUUGAAAAGACUUGUAUUUUGGCUUUACCCAUCUUUACUUUUUAAAUUUUUAAAAUUCCAGCCUUUUUGAUCGACGCUGUGCCCAAUCCAAAGCCUGUCGGUUUCGAGCACGAUUACAGUACCAAGUACGCCAAGUACAUGUAAGCUACAUCUCUUUUUUAUAUUUUUUUUCUUGAUCUAUGCAAACACUAACUUAUUUUCUUUCAGCAUCAAGCAUUUCUGCCAAUACGCGAAGGAUCCCAAUGCCAAGAGAUUCAAGUUGGCUCAAGAAGUGUAAGUUUAUCCUCAAAUUUUUCAAAGUGCAAUCUAAUGUUUGCAUUUGUAAAAUAAAACGAUUUUUUUCAGAGUCGACCAUGUUCCUGGCCCGUUUGGCCCAGAUGAGCCCUUGGACCCUACCGAAGAGGUGCUGGAUGAGAUCUGCAGAAAAUGGGAGGAAACCGGACGCAGCUGGAACCCCGAAAGUAAUACAUAUAAGAUACCACUUUUUGUUUCGAGAUAAUAUCUACCUUUGUCUAUUUUUUUAUUUUUUUUAGCUAUGUAUGACAUCGAUGGUUGA